CAAAAAAGAUGGCGCUGCCCGUGUUAAGAGGUUGUUAUAGGUUGCCAUCAACAUUGAGCUUCACUCGCUUGUUAUUAAAUGAAAGUCGCGUCCUGAACCGGUCCGGUAGAAUGCGGUUGUCUCCCUCCUCCCCCGCCGCCUCUGUGGCACGAGCGGUCCGUCCGUACAGCUCCGAGCAGGGCGGGACCAAAGAGAAGAUCGAGGGGACUGACUUCUACAACAUCAUCUUCUGGUUCCGCAGCAAGAUCAACUGCGUUCUGAUCACAGUUUUCUUCGACCAAGAGUUCAGCGUCAAAAAAUUCUCAGAGGGAGCGAAGCAGGCCUUCUGGCGUGUUUCCAAUCUGCUGUCUCAGUCCCAGUUUGAAUCUCUGGAGGGGCUCGUAGCUAAAGAUAUGAUUGGAGAGCUGGAGGAAAAAUGCAACUCAUUGUCAACUGAGUGCAAGAAAGCCCUCUCUGUUGAUCCUGAUCAGAUCAUCUACAUGAUGGCCAGAGAUGUGUCGCUCUUCUUUGACAAAGACGGGAGAACGUUUGUCUGCAUUCUGAUGCGUUUCUGGUACCUGACAACCGCACAAGUUCCCGAUGAGUGCGUGCAGGUGACUUUUACCAAUUCGACGGUCAAUGGAGGUGGAGAAGGCAAACCAGAAACUAAAAGACUUCUAUCUGCAUUUUAUGAAUUCCAAAGGGAGUUUACUAGAGGAGUGCCUCCAGACUGGACCAUUACGAGGAUAGAUUACGUGCAUUUUUUUGAUUAAGGCGGUUUUGAUUUAAGGCAGAUGUCCCAGUGGAAAACUAGUCACAGACGUGAAAUUCCCCUCAGUAUUAUGCUUUCAUUAAAUUGAGCGAAAGCGGCUCAACUUUGUCCACAGAGGGGAAUCGAGGCACAGCUUUUCACUGAGAAGUCUGAGGAAGGCACCGGGAUGAAGUUGGAUUUAUUCACCGCAGACAGACGCAAGAGCCAAACACAACAGCGCUGAUGCUGCCUGUAACAGUGUUGCUGAUUUUUCUUCUUCACUCUCUUAUAUUGUAGAAACCAGUGAUUAGAACUUGGCAAGUCCAUGAACUCUUGCUCUGGAAGAGUUGGCUAAUUUCAGGAACGGGGCCAGAGAAAUAGAAAAUGAUUUUCAAUUAACCACCUUGCUUAAUUUAGCUCUUCUGUAGUACCAGAGGGGAGGGGUUCUGAUCGACCUGAUGCAACACGUUUGUCCCAGCGAAUACUGAAGAUUGUUUGCUGACAAUAUCUGACCCAAGUCCGAUGAUGUGACUCAAAUGGUUAAAAUCUGCAAUGAGUUUUGUUGUUUUUUUAAAAAUCAGUCUUGGAUUUUAUGAAGAAUGUGUUGUAAGUUACCAACAGGUUCAAAUAUGAAAUCAUUCACUGAGAAGAAAAAAAAAAAAGAAACUCUUGUUUUAUGUGGCACUUCACGUAGAAACUCACAUCUUCUGUGUUUCAGAGAAGACUGAGCAGGGAAAUCAUGUUUUGUGGAACUGUGUACUAUAAAGAUCUUACAUUUCAGUGCACCAGUUGUUGUUUUGUUUUUUUUCUACACACAAAAAAUUUGUCUUCCUCCCCAUGCAAAAAUAUUUGACCUGUUGCAGUUGCGAGACUUUGGACUACUCUACAUGCCUGUGUGUACAUGUGUUUGUGAUUGUUGAGGCAGCUUCGUGGAGCUGCAGCAGACAUUUGACUGUUUUAUUAAAGAUUUGAGAACUCAAA